AUGCAAGCAAGCAAACUAAUCAAAGUGGCCAUUGCUGGCACAGGCAAUGUGUCUCAGUACCUAGUUGAAGAGCUUGUAUCGUACGGCCAUGAAGUCGUAGUACUCAGUCGGCGCAGCAACACUCAAGAAAAACGAUUCCUAGAGGACUGCGACGCACUCGUAUCAACUGUCGCAGACUAUCAGAACCUCGAUAUCCCACUCCAGAUCCACCUCACAAUGCUCGAAGCAUGCAAGCAAUCGAGACGCUGCAAGACAUUCGUCCCAUCCGAGUGGACAUCGAACGUAGAAGACUACCCCGAACAGCCCAUGUUCUUCGCCAACGCCAACGAAGCCCUCCACCAGAAGCUCAAGGAAUCAACAGACAUCAGAAGCACAAUCGUCUGCAACUCCUGGUUCGCCGACUACAUCUACCCAGCACAACAGCGCUACCUCCCAGACAUCGGCGCUCCCUGGCCUAUGGAUCACGCCAACAAGACAUUCACCAUCUACGGACCUGGAACUCAACUCAUCGAUAUAGUCUCCGUCCGAGACGUCGCAAAAGCCGUCGCAGUCCUCCUCGCUACUACCGAACCCUGGGACCCUUACACCUACCUCUCCGGCCAGCAACUUUCCUGGAACGACCUCUUCACCAUCAUCUCGAAAAGAGACCCCGAAUGGACCAGUCGAACAAAACCACUCGCAGACACCAUUAAUCAAAUCGUCGCCAAUGAAUCACCCGAGUCCGUACUGACGGCUCAAUUCGAAGUAUUGAGCUAUUCCGGAGCGUCGAUGUUUCCCAAGGACAAGGUUCAAAGACAUAGGGCCAAGUAUUUCCCGAAUCUACGUUUCCGUAAUGUCGAGGAACUUUUGGAUGCGGCGGCAGCGGCUCGACCGGGGGCUAUUGUCUAG